GCUAGAGUAUCAAGCUGCCUACGUCAAUGGAACCACAAAAGACUGAUAUAUACAAAGACUAAGAACAUUGUCAGAAUUCUGGAGGGAUCAUGCCGAACCACACAUUCAGCCGUAGAGAUCCAGCUCAAGACAAACCCAAUCAUGAGGCAUCACAACUAACCGUGGAAAAUGUAACAAAGUUAGAGCAUGCAUAUGAAUCUGUUGAAGAGGUAUCUCAUGAAAGUCGGAUGGUGGAAGAAUACAUCAGGAGGACAAAACAGUCUUCAGUGAAUAUAGGUCAAAAUAACACAGACAGUUUGGUGGAAAAUUCUACAUGUCCUGCAGCACCAUCAGCAGAAGAUAAUGGUAGGUUUUUACUAAUGACUCUCUUUUUCUAUUAGGCACCUGCACUGUAGCAAUGAAACUAGCCUGACUUGUAGCCCAUGCUCAGUACAAUCCUUACCAUCCUAACAAGGCAAUGACUUGAUUGGUUUCAGUUGCAUGACAUUGUUAUCCACCAGUUCUGGUGCCAUAUCUUACCAAAAAUGUUAAAAUGAGAUGAAUUUGACACUAGAUCUAAAUCAUAUUAUACCUUUAUGUCUGUUUUUAUUUCUAGAUAUAUCUUUGACUUAUGUGGGUGUCCUAGGUUUUCAUUAGACGUUUUCAAGAUCUAUAUUUUCAGUACUAUAUCUUGUUAGGUCACUUUGCACCUUAUUCAUAAAAUAACAGUCUGAGUAAUCGCUAUUGACUAUUAGAAAGCUAUGUUUAGUAAUAGGUUAGUUUGUGCAAAUUAUGGGGUUGUGCCCUUGGGUUCUAGCAGCAUGAGGGACUUUCCUCAGUUCAGAUCUCCUUUUAAAGAGCUGCAAUUCUCUUCUGUCCUGGUGCUGCAAAGAAGAUCUUAAACCAAGAUAUUCUCACCACCAUUAUUCAAGUCUGAGUUGAGUUCCACUUUUGUGUCAUCUGUUCCACUUAUGCUUAUUACUCCAAUUGCUGUCUAUUUCUUCUGGGAGUUGUUUGGGAAACUUGAGAACGGAAGCAAUGUUUUUGAAUAGGAAAGAGCAGUGGUUUCCUCCUUUCAAUGUCGACAUCUAUUGUUCAAUGUUUUCUUUAGGAUUGACUCGGGAAUCCUCUCAAAAGACUGAGAAGUCUUAACGUUUAUAUAGCGCCAACAUAUGCUGCAAUGCUUUACAAUUAUAUAAUGGGGAUAUUUGACAAGUAAUUGACUUUUCAGGAUUACAAUACUCCACUACACAGAACUGAGGUCAGAAUAUAGAAAGGUAGGGCAGAGUAUAUAACCAGUCUACAGAAUUGAUCAGACUAAAUACUAAUAGAGAGAUAAAUUGUAAAUGGAAGAACAAGCCAGGGUCAGGAUAAUAGAAAUACAGGAAUUCAUGUAAACUGGCAGAGGUCAGGAUUACAGCAGUACAGAGAGUCGAGAAACAAGCGAAAGUCUAAUGCCAGAGGCUUACAGUAGAGUAAUAACACCCUAAUCAGAGACCAAACGGAAACCACAACAGGGUAAAGGUCAGGUCAAGAGGAGGGUCAAUACAUCGUCCUAUUGGUCAGUGUAAUUUCUGUGAUGCCAAAACUUGUGACAUCUUCAUCGCAGAAAUGAAGCAGGAAGGAUUGCAUAAUAAUUGUUAUGCAUCAACAUCGACACAAGGAGAUGUAAAAUGAUGCGCCAAGACAGAGGCCCGUACCGGAAAAUAACAUAGAGUCAGUAUCAAAGUAGCUGGUAUCCCAUCCACAUACAAAAUAUUAACAGAGAUAUGAGCUGAAGAAGGUCUUUCUCAAACGAUCUUACAAUCUAUGAGACUGUUCAAGAUCUUAUUUGCUGGUGACAUUUUUGGUGACACCAUUGAAAAAUUAUAAAAAAAUUAGCAGCAAAAUCAUGUUUUUAAAUGUGAGGAAUUUGCAGCGUAUUUCUGCUCAUGCAAUGUGAUUCUGUAGCAGUCUUUGCAUAUGUAGCCCCUGCUACACUCGCUGGAAGGGCUAAUGGGUCAUCCUUAUGUGCAUAUGACAAACACACAUUUUUUUGGCAUUGCCUAGGUGACAUGAAUUGCAUCAGAGGUACUGUGCCCCUCUCCCCACUUCCUUACCUAAGGUUGGUUGGUAUACAUUAGCCAGUACGAGAACUGCUAUUGAUGCUUCAAAUGCUUAACUAUUGCUAUUACUCUACUGCUCCUGGUUACCCAUUUGAGCACUGCAAUCAUUACUUUGGCUUGAGUUUAGAUACUGGUGACAGUGUUGGUGAAUAUGUUUACUGUCUACCAACAGACUGAUGGAAGCCAUAGUCUUUGGCAAUCAUUUUAUAAACCUUUACAACUACACGAAUAUUAACAGUUUUUAUUUGAGUCGCAUAGAAGCAUCUUUAGAUCAGAGCAUAACAGACACAGGUACCAAGUUGUGUAUUAGUUUUAUAGGGAUGUGGCUCUUACACUCACACCUGAUUCCCAUCUCACUUAGCAUCAUUUUAUUACCUCCCCUUUCAUUUAUCUCAAUAUCCUAGAGACUCUAAUAUUUCUAGCAGGUAAUCAUUAUGUUCUGUGAAAACAUAAAAAUAUACAAUUUUACUUUGCAGACUUUUUAUAACCAUAUUUUAUUGAUCCAUUAUUAAGACUUAGAUGAAGGUCAACUUAUAUUCAGGUUCACAUAAUACAGUAACACUGAUAUUGGAACUCUAAAGUGUUUAUAGACUUUCUCUCAUCAGAAAUAUUUAUCUCUAAGUGUGUUAAGCACAAAUCAUUACUUUAAAAAAAACAUUGCACUCCCUCUUCCAAAUUUGAGUGUUUUAGUUGCAUAAAAUUUGGCUCCAGACAGAUAGUUUACAUUUUCAUUACUCUGAUUGAUUUACAAAUUCUUUCAGCUUUCUGUUUUAGUGUCAACUGUCUGUAGAAUAUGCCAUAAUGCCAAGUUUAAAAACCCCACUAUUCUUAAAUGUUUUACUGGAAGUACAUUUUUAAUAAACUGCUAAUACAAAAUAAAUAAAGGCAACUGAAAUUAUUUGAAUCUUGUCUUACAGAAUGUAUAAUUCACAUGUAUCUUUCUCCCCAACAGGAAUUAAAGAAGAUGUAUCAACAGACUCCUUAACCAAAUCAACUGAUUCUAAAAGCGAAUUCAGGUAUUUUCCUAUUUAGAUAAAUUCUUAUUGUAAUACAGAUUCAGGUAUAUUCCUAUUUAGACAAAAAUUUUAUUGUAAUACAACAUUUACUAUACUAAUCAGGAAGCCAACUCACCAAGUAACUUCAUUUUUUGAAAGAUGCUGAACUUUAGCUGCUUUAUUGCUUUUUGCCUUAAAUAACACAAAUGCACUCUACUAUUGAUAUGGUAGACAUAUCCCUGUUAACGGGACACUGUAGGUACCCAGACCACUUCCGCUCAUUAAAGUGGCCUGGGUGCCAACUCCCAUCACCCUUAACCCUGCAAGUGUAAUUAUUGCAGUUUUUAUAAACUGCAAUAUUUACCUUGCAGGGUUAAGUCAUCCUCUAGUGGCUGUCUACCAGACAGUGACUAGAACGACUUUUGGUUGUCUAAACGACGCUGAACUUCCUUAUGCUAUGCACGAGGACCUCCAGCGUCGCCGGAAUCCCCAUAGGAAAGCAUUGAAUAAUUAUUUCCUUUAAACCUAUGUGAAGGAAAGCAUUAUUCAGUGGUAACUAACUGAAGACUAACAUAGGUCUAAAGGAUAAAAUAAUAAAACAAACCCAUAUAGAAAUAAUUUAAUACAAUAUUCCAGAUAUGACUAAGUUGAAGUGUUUCAACAAUAAAAAUUGAAAGAUGCCAGAUUUCUUAGAAGGUUCGCAACUCAAAACCUAUGAACAAUUAUUAAUGGAAUUUGGUAUACCUAGUAAGUAUUACUAGAAUUUGAUUAGUAUUAAAAAAAUACAUAAAAGCGCAUCUUAUAACUACAUUAAAGCCAAAGGUUAUGGAAACGCUAGAGAACAUCUUUGCUACACAUUCAAAUAAAAACAUCUUCAAAAAAGCUUAAUGUUUGUUUGUUUUUUAAAACCAUGGAAAAAGAAAAGAAAGCGAUAUCUCAAACCGCCUGGUCCAAAGAUAUAGGAAGAGAGAUAGAUAUUAUUGCAUGGGGGAAAAGUUGGAUACAGUUUGGGAAAGUUACACACUGUUUGAAUAUCCAAGAAUUACAUUAUAAAAUAAUGCAUAAAUUGCAUCAUGUCCACACUAGAAUGCAUAAAAGAGAUUCUAAUCAUUCCGCUCUAUGCUGGAGAUGUGGAGUAAGUGAAGGAACAUUUGUUCAUAUCUGGUGGUCUUGUAGACUAGUUAAUAAUACCUGGUCUAAGCUAUUUAAAAUAAUCUCAGAUAUCAUAAAGCUGAAAUUUAAGGUAUCACCAGAAAAAGCCAUUUUACAUCUAAACUUAGAUAACAUUAAUAAAAAUGGAAUAUUUUUGAUUAUUCAUUUCUUCAUGGCUAUGAAACUGGUUAUUUCAAGAAUGUGGAAGAAAAAACGAGAAAUCCCUCUGAUACCUGUAGUAAAUCAAAUUAUUUUCAUUGUCUGAUGAAAAAAUGUUAUUUUUUGGCUUUUUAAAGAUUUGGUUUAUAUAAAAAAAAUAUGGGAUCCUUGGCUGAGUUCUUAUCCUGACAGGAUUAAUGUUUAAUUCUUUAUCUUUUACUUGGUUGCGCAGGUUUUGUCUUUGUUUUUGUCUUUUGUAAGAAUAUUGCUUCAUAUGUAAGACAUAAUAUAAGAUUAUAUCUUGAUAAAAAAAAAUAGUUUUUGGUCCUUACUGAUGAACCAUGUAUUUGUGUUGUGUGGUUGGAUGACUUUGAUAUACAACUUUGUAUGUGAAAAUUUAAUAAAGAACAAUUUAAAAAAAAGAAUAAUGCUUUCCUAUGGGGAGGUCUAAUGGGCGCGCCCAGUUAUUGCCGCGCAUGCGCAUUAUGUCUCCUCUAUCGGCGGACAUCGCCGGGGGAAAAGCAUGGGCGGAGUCUGACCCAGAGCUGAGGGACAUUGGCGCUGGAUUCAGGUAAGUUUUAACCCCUUCAGCGACAUGGGAUGGGGGGCGGGAGGGGGACACUCCAGGAUUCUCUAGUGCUGGGAAAAUGGGUUUGUUUUCCUGGCACUAGAGAAUACCUUUAACAGGGAUCAUGCUAACAUGAUACAAUCAACCAAGCAUUAGGAAGAGCAGUGUCAACCUCAAUGGCAUGCACAAGGGGGGACUAGUCUGUUGAGACACUAACCCCAUAUCCAAUUUGCCAAACUCUCUCAUAUCCUCUUACAUGCUCCUAAACACGCACCUUUUCACUAAAGCAUUCCAAUAUACUCCUUAACACUGCCCUCCCAAUAUCAUUGUAACCAUCAUCUUGAUUACUACCUUCCAUAACUGUAACUUACUCAGUUUUGAUGAGUGUAUAUUCACUCAAGGGAAUUUAAAUUGUUUGGAAAAGGCCUUAUAACCUUUCCCAGAUUAAGGGGCAACAACAAUUACUUCUCUAGGAUUGCUGCUGUUGUCUUUCAUCCUUGGAAUUGUGUUAACACACACCUGAAUGCUCCAGACCAGCAAACUGCUAAAACUUUGACUUUUAUAGAGGUAGUCACACUUGCUGAUGAUCAAUUAAUCAAAGGCAUUUGAAUAGCUGCACCUGUCUGCUACCUAGCCUCUUAAUUCCUAUGGAACCAGCAAAUGUGUACUUAGUUUUUCACACAUGGCUUCUCCAUUUUGGCUUUAUUUUUGUUAAAUAAAUCAUAACACGGUAUAAUAUGCCAUGUGUUGUGUUGUUGUUAGUCUGAGGUUGUAUUUACCUAAUUUAAAGACCUGCUAAGGAAUAGAUAAUUGUUAUUAUGUCCUGAUAUGUAAAACCAUAGAAUUCAAAGAGGGUGUAUGUUUUUUUAAAAUUUUUUGUACAAGGCUGUUUAAAUUAUUGUCAUUGAAUGUAACGUUGUUGUUCUGUCAUUUGUUAUAUGAAACCGUUGUGAGUAUUUGUUUGCUUACUGUGACUACUCUUUAAUGUAUAAUUUGUUUAAUAAUAUCAAUAUCCUAUAGCUAAAUAGCGCAAUAUAUUCUACCCAUAACUCACUGGUUAUCAGUCUUGGAGUGAUGUAACGUUAAUGUAACGUGCUCUGUCAAAGUGCGUUAUACAAUAAAUGGUAAACAUAUAAAGAAAAAUGUUUCCAGGAGAAAUAGUCCUGGAAACAGAGUUACAGUGCUACAAAGGUUAGACUUCAUGUCUUAUGACUUUUAAUGUAAAAUGACAGAGAUAUAUUAUAUCAGUGACUUUUUUUUCCCAUUGGAUAUUAUUGUUGUAAUGUCUUUGAUGUUAUUUGAACCUUGGUCAUUUUGAUUCUUCUCACAUGUCCGAGAAAGUUAUUCAAGCAAUAAACACAUCUGGUGAGUCUUGUAUCCAAAGGGAAAAAUCACAUAUUUGUUGAAGGGCAUUGACAUUGGACUUGGGUAUUGUUAAAUAAACAGCAAAAAAUAGAAAACUUUGUUUGCCAGUGACUUGUUAAUACCUGCCUUUAAUAAAAAAAAAAUUAAACAAACAUAGUUACAUUGUUUUCUAAUGACUUUUUCAGAUCAUCUGCUGUGCUGAAAGGCAGGGAAUGUAAAACCGAAAAUGCCCAGACGCAGACAGAAUGGAGCUGGCAUGACUUAUCUUCAGCAAAUGUAAUCGCUAAUGGUAAUUAG